AUGGCUGACGCAUUAGCUACUCUAGCUUCGAUGAUUCAGGUGAAUAGACUCAAGGCAAUGAGGCCUAUUCAGAUGAGUAUCUAUGAGACCCCAGCUCAUUGCUGCAAUAUUGAAGAGGAGGGAAAAGAUGAUUGUCCUUGGUAUCAGAAUAUCCUACAGUACGUGAAGAAUCGAGAGUACCCUAAUCAAGCGACAGAGAAUGACAAAAGAACUCUGAAAAGAACAGCCAUCGAAUAUGUCCUAGAUGGGGAAGUGUUAUACAAAAGAAGGAAGGAUCAGGUACUGUUAAGAUGUGUGGAUGUCGUGGAAGCCAAGAAAAUUUUGGAGGAAGUACAUGAGGGUAUUUGUGGGACGCACGCCAAUGGUUUUACGAUGGCCAGAUAG